AUGAACAAUAAUCUUCAUCAGACAACCUCAAUUAACUCCGUGGAGAAGGAGAAAGAGAGGGACUUCGAUCAAGCUGAAAUUAAAGAUGUUCAAGGUAAUUCGGAAUUUUACGAGACCGUCACUGCAGCACCAUUAAACCCGUUAUCCAGAACAAGUUUCCAACUUUAUGCUAUCUUAUUGGUUGCUGCUUUGAACGCUACUGCUAGUGGAUUCGAUGGUUCCAUUUUCAGUUCCAUCAAUGCGAUGGAUCAAUAUAAAUCAUACUUUCACCACAAAGAGACUGGUAAAUCUACUGGAAUCAUAAUGAUGAUUUACACAAUUGGUAAUAUGGUUGGAUCGCUCUUCACAGGACCAAUCUGUGACCACUUUGGACGAAGAGCAGGAAUGGGUGUCGGAUCAAUCCUCAUCGGUGCAGCUGCAAUCGUUUUGACUGCCGCCAAGAACGAUUCCUAUCUGCUCGGUGGACGAUUCGUUCUCGGUUUCGGAAUCUCAAUUGGAACGAGUUCAGCUCCUACGUAUGCCUUAGAAUUAGCUCCUCCUCAAUGGAGAGCCAGAAUCGUCGGUUUCUACAAUAGUUUCUUCUACACAGGUUCAAUCUUAGCGACAGGUGUAGCAUAUGCAUCCAACAAAGCUUCCGGAGAAUUGGCUUUCCGAUUGCCCUUGGGAUUACAACUCAUGCCCCCUGCCGCUAUCUUAGCCGGUGUCAUGUUCAUUCCUGAAUCACCUCGAUGGUUGACUGCAAGAGGUAAAAAAGAAGAAGCUCAAAGAAUUUUGGCUAAAUACCACGGUGCUGGUGACAUCAACCACCCUUUGGUACAAUUGGAGAUCAAAGAGUUCGAAGAAGGUAUUCAAGUCAGGAAAGCACAAAGUGUUUGGAACUAUUACGACUUAGUCAACACCAGAAAUCAAAGAUGGAGGUUUUUGAUGAACGCUUUCAUGUCUUUUUUCGCCCAAUUAUCCGGUAACAGUGUUCUCACUUACUACCUUCCCUCAAUGUACACCAAGCUCGGAAUCACCUCUACCGACCGACGAUUAUUGCUCACAUUCGCCAAUUCAAUCGUAUCAGCUACCGGUGCCGUUUGCGGUUCAGCUACCAAUGAUAUGAUCGGUCGACGAACUAAACUCUGGGUUGGUUCCAUCGUAUUAGCAUGUUUGUUCGCUGCUGUCACUGGAUUUUCGAGUCAAUUUGCUACCGGUGCAACUCACAUCAGUCAUACAUUGAGUAAUGCAGGUGUUGCUUUCAUUUUCUUAUUUGGUUGUGCAUAUUCAUUCAUCUACACUCCCUUGACCGCUACCUACUGUGCGGAAGUAUUAGCAAACCACACUAGAGCUAAGGGAAUGGGUAUCCACGUUAUCAUGUCAAAUUGCGCCAACUUGUAUAACACUUAUGUGACUGCCAUUGCACUCGAUUCAAUCGGCUGGAAGUACUAUAUCCUUUUCGUAGCUUUGAACUUGUUCUACUCUGUCAUGUGGUUCUUCUUCGGUAUUGAAACUAGAGGUCGAACCUUGGAAGAGCUUGAUGCUGUCUUUGAUGCCAAAUGGCCUCCUAAAGCAGCUCUUAAGAAAGCGACUAUGGUCGACCGAGAAGGCCACCUGGAGGGUUUAGAACAUUAA